GCGCGCACACCCGACUCCGGGGACAGACGUUUAACUCUUGCCAUGUCUGGCCGCCGCCACCGCGGCUCACGGGCCUUGGGCUUCCCUUGAAGCAUGAACCUCCUCGCCCGCCGCAACCGGCGCUGCGCGGGCCGCGGACAGUUCGCCCCCCGGACCCGGUGCGCACAGCCUCAGGAUCCCCUGCGCCCGCACCCCGGGCGCCGGAGGAGCUCGGCCGGGGGUUGGCGGCAGGCAAACUGUGGGUGACCGCGCCUGCGGGGGACUUUGCCAUCCGUCCACUGGGACCUGGGGAGGAAAAGCCAGAAGCCUCCCAUCCCCUCCCCCUCCACCAAUUCGGAUACCCCGCAGAGACUUGCUUUGGGGUUCUCACUGAUUUCCAAGAAGGACGCGUGCCCCUCUCUGAUCCCAGUGCGGGCGGCCACCUGUCUUUGCCGCGGUGACCCCUCUCCCAUGACCCUGCGGUGCCUCGAGUCCUCCGGGAAUGGCGCGGAAGGGACGCAGAGCCAGUGGGGGACCGCGGGGUCCGCGGAAGAGCCGUCCCCGGAGGCGGCGCGUCUGGCGAAGGCCCUACGGGAGCUCAGUCAAACAGGUUGGUACUGGGGAAGUAUGACUGUUAAUGAAGCCAAAGAGAAAUUAAAAGAGGCACCAGAAGGAACUUUCUUGAUUAGAGAUAGCUCACACUCAGACUACCUACUAACAAUAUCUGUUAAAACAUCAGCUGGACCAACUAAUCUGCGAAUCGAAUACCAAGAUGGGAAAUUCAGGUUGGACUCGAUCAUAUGUGUCAAAUCCAAGCUUAAACAGUUUGACAGUGUGGUUCAUCUGAUCGACUACUACGUUCAGAUGUGCAAGGAUAAGCGGACAGGCCCAGAAGCGCCCCGGAACGGCACCGUUCACCUUUAUCUGACCAAACCGCUCUACACAUCAGCCCCGCCUCUGCAGCAUCUCUGUAGACUCACCAUUAACAAAUGCACCGGCACCAUCUGGGGACUGCCUUUACCAACAAGACUAAAAGAUUACUUGGAAGAAUAUAAAUUCCAGGGAGAGAUGGAGGCUAGAGACAAGCAGGUGCUUCGCUCCCUUCGCCUGGAGCUGGGUGCCGAGGUACUGGUGGAGGGACUGGUUCUUCAAUAUCUUUACCAGGAAGGAGUCUUGACGGAAAACCAUGUUCAGGAAAUCAAAGCUCAAGCCACAGGCCUCCGGAAAACAAUGCUGCUGCUGGAUAUCCUACCUUCCAGAGGUCCUAAAGCAUUUGAUGCAUUCCUAGAGUCCCUGCAGGAAUUUCCCUGGGUUAGGGAGAAACUGGAGAAGGCAAGGGAAGAAGCCAUCACUGAGCUGCCUGCAGGGGCCCAGGACAGUGCCUGGAACAUUAUAGACGAAGACCGGCCAGUUGAAGGAGGGAAACUUUCCUGUGGGGACUCCCUAGAGACAGCUGGCUCAAUUGAGAGAUGUGUGCAUCAGGUCUCGUGGUUGCAAGUGAAGGAUAUAGAAUGAGCUUGGUCCAUUUCCAUGAUUCUCUUCUCUCACUUGUACCCAACCAGAGACAAAGUCCUUGUCCUUUCUGUGGUUCUAGGCAGAAAGCCCAUCGCCUUGCUCUCCAAGAUACUAAGUCUCACACUCACAAAGAAUAAAAAAAAUUUCUUCUGGUUUAUCUAUAUGUUCCAAGCUUCAAACAUAUGUAAAGGGUCUCAACAAAUUUAUUUGUGAUUUCUUUAUAUCCUUCCCCUUCUAGAGAUAGGUGAAGUGUUAAACUCUUGGUUUCUAUUCUUCACUUCCUUUAAGCCUUAACUGGAGCCCCUUCUUACCUAAGAAGCCUUCCCUCAUUAACCUCAUCUCCCUUACGUCCCUCAUACCUCACCUUGUGUUUCCUCAGCGUGUUGCCAGUAGGUUGUGCCGUGUUGCCUUUCAUCUGUUUUGUUACAUUAUGUAUACAUUUGUUCUGUUUCUCUCUACACCCCCCCACCUUUCAUUAAAAAAAAUCAUUUACUUUAUUCUACAACAUACAUACAAUAGUCUUAAUGUAACAACACUGAUACUACCACCAACAAAAUGAUUACUGAGAACGAUUUGAGAUUUUAUUUUUUUUAAAUCUGUUUUCUUUCCUUUUUCUUUUAUGGAAACACUUAAGUUUUACCCUCUUAGCAAAUCAAAUUUCAAUUAUAUGAUAUGGUAUUAUCAACUAUAGUCACCAUGUUAUACGUUAGAUCCGCAGAUCACAUUCAUCUCAUAACUGAAAGUUUCUACCCUUUUGCCUCCCUCUCCCCUUUCCCCUCAUUCUCCAGCCCUUGGCAACCACCAUUCUACUUUUUUACUUGAAUUUUACUUUUUUUCUUAAAUUUUGCAUGUAAGUGAUAUCAUCCAGUAGUGUCUUUCUCUGACUUAUUUCUAUAGCAUAAGCGUCCUUCAGGUUCAUCCAUGUUUCACAUGGCAGGAUUUUCAUCUUUUUUAAGGCUGCACAAUAUUCCCUUUAUAUAUAAAUUUACCAUUUAUUCAUUCAUGUGUCAACAGACAUUUGGGUUGUUUCCAUACCUUCACUGUUGUGAAUAUCACUGCAAUGAACAUGGGAGUGAGAUAUCUCUUCAAGAUAGUGAUUUCAUUUUCUUUAGAUAUAUACCCAGAAGUAGGAUUACUGGAUCAUGUGUUCCUUCUCUUUUCAGUGUAUUGAGGAACUACCAUACUGCCUUCCAUGUUGUCCAGUAUACCUUUUCCCCAGCAGUGCACAAGUGAUCCCUUUCUCCACAUCCUCACAGGCAUUUGUUAUCUCUUGUCUUUUUGAUAAUAGCCAUCCUAUCAGGUGUGAAGUGAUAUCUCAUUGUGGUUUUGAUUUGCAUUUUACUGAUGAUUAGUGAUGCUUGAGCACCUUUUAAUGUACCCGUUGGCCAUUUGUAUGCCUUCUUUGGAGAAGUGUUUACUUUAGGUCUUUUGCCAAUUUUUGAAAUUGGGUUGUUUAGGUUGUUUUGCUGUUGAGUUGAGUUUCUUAUAUAUUUUAGAUAUUAACUCCUUAUUGUAUAUAUGGUUUACGAAUACAGUAAAACCUUGGUUUGCAAGCACAAUUUGUUCCAGAAACAUGCCUGUAAUCCAAAGCACUUGAAUAUCAAAGCGAAUUUCCCCAUAAGAAAUAAUGGGAACUCAGAUAAUUCAUUCUACAACAAAAAUAUUCAUAUAAAAAUGAUCACGAUACUGUAAUAUAUAAAAUAAUAAAGAAAAUACAAAACAUAAAGAAACAUAAACAAGUUAACCUGUACUUACUUUUGAAAACCUUUGUGGCCAGUGUGAGGGAGACAAGAGAGAGGAGGGUUAUUGUGUAGGACAACUUUCACCAUCACUAACGGAAUCACUGCUAUCUACUGACUCAAUGAAAUCGUUUCCUUUUUGUGCAACUUUAGCAAGGAACCUAUCCAAAGACACUUACUUUUGCCUUCUUUUGAGGAUUUUGUGGAAAUGGCGACAUUACAUUGUCCUUAAAAAGAUUCAUCGCUCGCACUGCUACAGUCUUAUUCAUGUGGUACUUUUCUACAAAAUUUUGCACUGUUUCCCUCAUUUUACACAUCUCCCUAUCUCAUUUGAAGUGAGGGAUUCCUCUGCCUUUUUCUCCCCCUCCUCUGCAGACGAGAUCUCCUCCACACCUCUUGCUGUUGCUCACAAUGCAGAUCUGUCAGUUUGUCGGUGGUCAGCUUCUGGCCAUGCUCCUCCACCAGCUCUAGAAUGCCUUCCUCAUUCACCUCCCGUUCUGUGGUCUUCUCCAAGGACACAAUUUCAUCAACAAUUGGCAGGACCUGUUCAUGAGCAAGCCCCUCUAAGUCAUGUCCAAGAAUGCAAUCAGGCUACAGUUUUCUCCAAGCAGAAUUGAGGGUUCUCUUGAUGAUCGCAUCCCAGGCUUUGUUGAUGUUCAUGAUGUGGAAAUUACUUUUCCAAAAUUCUUGGAGGGUAAGGUUUGUUCCUUCAGUCACCUUGAAGCAUUGCUGAAAUAGUGCUUUGGUGUAAAGCUUUUUAAAGUUCGAAAUGACCUGCUGAUUCAUGGGCUGGAGGAUUGGAGUGGUGUUGGGAGGAAGGAACUUGACCUUAAUGAACUCGAAUUCCUGCAGUAAAUCGUCCUCAAAGCCUGGAGGAUGAGAAGGAGCAUGAUCUAUAACCAGCAAGGCUUUGAGUGGCAGAUUCUUUUCUAAAAGGUAUUUCUUCACUGCAGGACGGAAGACCUCUUUGAUCCACUCAAAGAACAAGAUAGAAGUGACCCAAGCCUUCCUAUUGGACCUCUACAUAAUGUUGAACUGGCUGUUUUGCACCUUGUAUUUCUUGAAGGCUUGUGGAUUCUUGGAAUGAGACACGAGCCGGGGCUUCACUUUGAAAUCUCCACUUGCAUUCGCACAAAACAAGAGGGUGAGAGGUCUUUCAUGAGCUUGCAAUCAGGCAUUGCAUUCUCUUCUUCUGUAAUGUAGGUCCUCUUUGGCAUCUUUUUCCAAAAAAGCCCUGUCUUAUCGCAGUCAAAAACUUGCUCCAGCAGGUAACACUGAGAAACCGUGAGCUUCUAGAAUUUGGUAGCAAUUGCUUCAGCUGCCGUAGCGUCCAAACUCACAGCCUUUCUGUGCCUCAGAACACUUCUCCUCUUAAAAUUAUCAAAACAUCCCCUGUUUUCCUUGAAGCCUUCUUCAUUUUCUGUUGAUGUACCUGGCCGUUUGCCUACGAGGUCAGUGUACAAGGCCUUUGCCUUCUCACAGAUAAAGUUUUCAGUCACAGUAUCACCUGCUAGUUGCUUCUCAUUUAUCCAAACCAGAAGCAUCUUUUCUACACCUUCCAGAACACAUGGCCGUUGCUUUGAUAUUCUCGUGACUCCUUUUGCUGCAUCUAGCGCCCUUACUUCUUUUUUCUUUAAUAUUGUGCAAAAGGUCAACGUAGACUUCUUAUAAAAUCUUGCAAUUUCAGCCACUCACAUAUCUUGUUCAUACUUCUUGAUGGUUUCCUUCUUAGCUUCCACUGUAAUCAUCUUCUUCUUACCACCUUUCUUUUCAACUUUUUUCUGCACGGGGGCCGCUGUAUAUGCUCACAUGGAUUGACUACAGUACAGUAUUAAUAAACUCUUGUCAUGUACUGUAUUUAAUGUAACUGGUGAUAAGGCAGCAGAGGAAGGGUCUAUAUCUGCAGGCAGCCUAACCUAGAACGAAGCAAAGCAUUCCCAAGCGUACCCUUGUAUGGAAAAGCAAAGGACCAUCCAUAGGUGCUUUGAAGUGACAAGAAAUACACUAGUGCCAGUUGUGGGCACCUUCCAGCGUUGUGAAACACCACUGAUUUCUGCCAAACACCGUAGCCUGAGCACGGGAGAUGAUCACCCACAAUCCUGCAGUGAGAGAGAGAGAGAACCAUUGGCUCAGUUGUGAUCAUGUGACAUUUGGCAUCAUGUACUACUUACAUUGCAAGACAUCUCUUGUUUACCAAGUUAAAGUUUAUUAGGAAUGUUUGCUUGUGUUGCAGAACACUCACAGAACAAGUUGCUGACAGUCCAAGGUUUUAGUGUAUUUUCUCCCGUUUGGUAGGUUGCCUUUUUUCAUUUUGUUCGUGGUUUCUUUGCUGUGCCUUUUGGUUUGAUGGAGUUCACCUAUGUAUUUUUGCUUUUAUUGCCUUUGCUUUUGGUUUCAAAUCCAAAAAUUUAUUCCCAAGACUAACGUUAAGGAGCUUACCCAUGUUUUCUUCUAGGAGUUUCAGACCUUAUGUUCAAGUCUUUAAUCCAUCUGGAAUUGAUUUUUGUAUAUUGUUAAGACAGUAGUCCAGUUUCAUUCUUUUGCUGGUGGCUGUCCAGUUUUUCAACCAUCGUUUAUUGAAGAAACUACCAGCAUUUUAUAUUCUAGGCCCUUUCUCAAAAAUAAAUUGACCAUAUAUGUAUGGAUUUGUUUCUGGGUUUUCUGUGUCAAUGACCACACUGUUUUGAUUAUUGUGUCUUACAGCUUAUUGUAAGAUAGUUUGAAAUCAGGAAAUGUGAUGUUUUCACUUUUGUUCUUUCUGAAGAUUGCUUUGGUUAUUUGGAGUCUUUUGUGAUUCUAUACACUUUUUGGAUUUUUUUUUGUAUUUCUGUGAAAAAUGCCAUUGGAAUUUUAAUAGGGAUUUCAUUGAGACUGUAGAUUACUUUGGGUGGUAUUAGCAUGUCAACAAUAUUAAUUCUUCCUAUCUGUGAACACAUAAUAUCUUUCUAUUUGCAUCUUCUUCAGUUUCUUUCAUCAAAAUCUUAUAGUUUUCAGUGUAUGGGUCUUUCACUUACUUGGUUAAAUUUGUUCCUGUGUGUGUGUGUGUGUGUGUGUGUGUGUGUGUGUGUGUGUUUUGGAUGCUAUUGUAAAUGGGAUUGUUUUCUUAUUUUCUCUUUCUGAUAAUUUGUUGUUGGCAUAUAGACAUGCAACUGAUUUUUGUAUAUUCAUUUUUAAUUCUGUACCUUUACUGAAUUAUUUAUUCUAACAAUGUUUUUGGUGGAGGCAUUCAUGUUUUCUAUAUAUAAUAUGCCACCUGUAAACACAGGCAGUUUUACUUCUUCUUUUUUAUUUUGGAUGCUUUUUAUUUCUUUUCCUUUCUAAUUGCUCUGGCUAGGACUUCCAGUUCUAUGUUGAAUAAAUGUGGUGAGAGUGGGCAUUGUUGCUUGUUUCCCAUGAUAGAGGAAGAGUUUUCAACUUUUCACCUUUAAGUAUGUUAUUGGCUAUGGGCUUGUUAUAUAUGGCCUUUAUUAUGUUGAGGUACAUUUCUUCUGUAACCAGUUUGUUGAGAAUGUUUAUCACAAAAGGAUGUUGGGUUUUGUCAGAUGCUUUUUCUGCAUCUAUUGAAAUGAAAAUAUAACUUUUAUCCUUCAUUUUGUAGGAUAAAAUGUGUAUAUCACAUUUAUUGAUUUGCAUAUAUUGAACCAUCCUUGCAUCUCAGGAAUAAAUCCCACUAGAUCAUGUUGUAUGAGCCUUUAAAUGUAUUGUUGACUUCAGUUUGUUAAUAUUUUGUUGAGUUUUUGUUUGUUUGUUUUGUUGUUGUUUUGGGUUUUUGUUUGUUUGUUUUUAUAUCUGUAUUGAUCAGGGAUAUUGGCCUGUAAUUGUCUUUUCUUACAGUGUUCUUGUUUGUCUUUGGUAUCAGGGUACUACUCGCCUCAGAAAAUGAGUUUGGAAGUGUUCCCUCCUUUUCUAUUUUUUGGAAGAGUUUGAGAAGGGCUGGAAUUAAUGUGGUUUGUUUUUUUUUUUCUUCAAUAUUUGGUAGAAUACACUAGUGAAACCAUCUGCUCCUGGACUUUUCUUUGCUGGGAGAUUUUUUGAUUACUGAUCCAGUCUCCUUACUAGUAAUUGGUCUGUUUAGUUCUCUUUUUUCAUGAUUGAGUCUUGGUAGGUUGUAUGUUUCUAGGAAUUUUUUCAUUUCUUUUAGGUAAUCUAAUUUGUUGACACUAUAAUUGUUCAUAGUAGUUUCUUAUGAUCCUUAGUGCUUUUAUGUUAUCAGUUGUAAUAUCUCCUCUCCCAUUCUGGUUUUAUUCAUUUGAGUCAUUGUCUUUUUUUUUUCUUAAUCUAGCUAAAGGUUUGUCAGUUGUAUUUAUUUUGUCAAACAUCAGCUCUUAGUUUCAUUGAUUUUUUUCUGUUGUCUCUUUCGUCUCUAAUUUCAUUGAUUUAUGCUCUGAUCUUUGUUGUUUUUUGACUUCUUCAACCCAUUGGUUGUUCAGGAGCAUGUUGUUUAGUCUUCACAUAUUCAUGAAUUUUCUAGUUUUCUUCUUAUAAUUCAUUUCUAAUUUUAUUCCAUUGUGGUCAGAAAAAAUGGUUGAUAUGAUUUCAACCUCAUUAAAUUCAUUAAGACUUGUUUGUGACCUAACAUACAAUCUGUGCUGGAGAAUGUUCCAUGUGCACUUGAGAAGAAUGAGUAUUCUAUCAUCUGGAACUUUCUCUAUGUCUGUCAGGUCCAUCUGGUCUAACAUGUAAUUUUAAGUUCAGUGUUUCUGCAUUGCUUAUUUGUUUGUUUGUUUGGGUCUGGAAUAUUUUAUACAUUGUUGAAAGUGGGAUACUGAAGACUUCUGCUGUUUUUGUGUUGCUGCCUAUUUCUCUUGUCAGGUAUGUUAAUAUUUGCUUUAUUUAGGUUCUCCUAUGUUAAACUAAUAAAUAUUUACAAUUGUCAUAUUCUCUUUUUUUAAUUAAAAAAAAUUUUAAUACUUCUUUUUGAGAGACAGAAAGACAGAGUAUGGGCAGGAAAGGGGCAGAGAGAGAGAGAGAGAGAGACAGAGAUAGAACCCAAGGCAGGUUCUAGGCUCUGAACUGUCCGCAAAGAGCCUGAUGUGGGGCCUGAACCCAUGAACUGAGAGAUCAUGACCUGAGCCUAAGUCAGAAGCCAAACUGAGGCACCAAGGCACCCCACAACUGGUAUAUUCUCUUGAUGAAUUGACCCUUUUAUCAUUAUAUGAUGGUCGUUUUUGUCUCUUGUUACACAUUUGUUUUUUAAAGAUUUUUUUUUUUUUAAGUAACGUCUGCAUCUAACAUGAGGCUCAAACUCGCAAUCUCAAGAUCAAGAGGUAUGUGCUGUACCUAAUGAGCUGGCCAGGCACCCCUCUUGUUACAAUUUUUAACUUAAAGUCUAUUUUAUCUGAUAUGAUUAUAGCUACCCCUACUUUCUUUUGGAUUUCAUUUUAAUGGAAUAUCUUUUCCUAUCCUUUCACAUUUAGUCUAUGUGUGUCCUUAAAGCUAAGGUAGAUUUCUUAAUAGGCAGCAUAUGAUUGAAUCUUGAUUUUUAACCCAUUCAGCCAGCCACUCUGUGUCUUUCGAUUGGGCAAUUUAGUCAUACAUUUAUUUUUGAGAGAGAGAGCACAAGCAGGGGAGGGGCAGAGAAGGAGACACAGAAUCCGAAGCAGACUCCAGGCUCUGAGCUGUCAGCACAGAGCUUGACGUGUGGGUUGAACCCACAAACCACAAGAUCAUGGCCUGAACCGAAAUCGGACACUUUACUGACUGAGCCACCCAGGUGCCCCUAAUUUAGUCAUACAUUUAAAGGAGUUAUUGAUAGGUAUAGACUUAUUUUUGCCAUUUUGUUUAUUGUUUUCUGGCUAUUUUGUAGUUUCUUUCCUUUUCUCUUGGUUUCUUCCCUUGUGAUGUGUUGAUUUUCUGUAGCGGUAUGCUUAGAUUCCUUUCUCUUUAUCUUUUGUGUAUCUGGAAUAGGCUUUUGCUUUUUGGUUUACCAUGAGCCUUACAUAAAACAUAUUUAUAACAGUCUAAUUUAAGUUGAUAGCAACUUAACUCUGAAUGCAUAUGGAAGCUCUACAGUUUUACAUUCCCUUUCCCCCCACAUUAUACGUUUUGGAUGUCACAUUUUACAUCUUUUUGUAUUGUGUAUCCAUUAACAAAUUAUUGUACUUACAAUUACUUUUGUCUUUUAACCUUUAUACUAGAGCUGUGAUUUACCUACCACCGUCACACCAUUAUUUUCAAUUCAACUAUGUAUUUACCUUUACCAAGGAGUUUUGUACUUUUAUUUUCCUGUUAAUAAUUAGCAUCCUUUCUUUUCAGAAUACUCUUUAACAUUUCUCGUAAGGCCAUUCUAGUGGUCAUGAACUCCUUCCACUUUUGUUUGUUUAAAAAACUCUUUUAUCUCCCCUUAAAUUCUGAAGGAUAACUUUGCUGGAUAGAGUAUUCUUAGUUGGUAGUUUUUUUUCUUUCAGCUCUGAAUAUAUCAUUUUAUUUAUUUGUGGCCUGCAAGAAAAAUCUGCUAAUAGUUUUAUGGGGGCCUCUCUUGUAUAUAACACGUUGCUUUUUUCUUGCUGCUUUGAAGUGUCUUUCUCUUUGUCUUUAACUUUUGACAAUUUAAAUAUAAUAUUUGUGGAUCUUUCGAUUCAUCUUACUUGGUACUUUUUGGGCUUCCUGCCUCUGGAUGUCUGUUUCUUUCCCCAGGUUAGGGAAGUUAUUAGCCAUUAUUUUUUUGAAUAAGCUUUUUGCCCCUUUCUCUUUCUCUUCUCCUGGGACUCCUAUCAUGCAAAUACUGGCCCACUUGGUGGUGUCCAUAAGUCCCUUAACGAUCUUCAUUCUUUUUUCCUUUUGCCCCUCUGGAUGAAUUCCACUGCCCUGUCAAGUUUGCUGAUCCUUUCUUCUGCUUGAUUUAGUCUGCUGUUGAACUUUGCUAUGGAAUUUUUCAGUUCAGUUAUUAUAUUCUUAAGGUCUGUGAUUUCUGUUUGGUACUUAUUUAUAUUUUCUAUCUGUGUUGAAAUCCUCACUUUGUUCUUUCAUUGUUUUUUUGACCUCAAUGAGCAUCUUAAUGACCAUUAUUGUGAACUCUCUAUCAGAUACAUCACUUACUUCCAUUUUAUUAAGAUUAGUUUCUGGAGAUUUAUCUUGUUCUUUUUUUUUUUUUUUUUUUUUUUUUUUUUUUUUUUUUUUAACAUAUUGCCCUCUUUUUUCGUUAUCCUUGACUCUUUAUGUUGGUGUUUGCACAUUAGGUAAAACUACCUCUCCCCUUCUUGACAGACUGGUUUCCUGUAGAAGAUGAACCUUGUUAAUCAGCCUAGCCCGAGCUCCUGGUUGUCUUUCAAACUUUUGUGAUCGUCCAAGUUGCCAUCUUUGUUCUUAGUGGUUCCCAGUAGCUGAGUAUGUGUAAAGACCCAUCAGUGUCUUAAAGGGGGGAAGGAUUGCAGUCAGCAUCUGGAUGCAGGCUUAUCUCAGGCAGCAGGUGGGAAAGUAUAUAUACUCUGAGUACGUGUACCUUAAGCCCCUUCCAGGGAGAUACUGGGAGAUGGGUACUUUUGCCUGCUCCCUCUGCACUGAUUCUGGGUAUAGCUGUGGGGGGUGGGUACUCCUGCUCCUGUUUAAAAACUACUUCUCUAUUUACAUAGUCUUAUAGGACUCGUGAAUGCAUGUCCCUUUGACUGUCAGAGCUCUGUGAUCUGGGGGCUCAUUCCUCCAGUCAGCCAUAAAAUUAGGGCACAAGAUAGUAUAGAGAAGCUCCUUCCAGGGAAAUACUAGUGACUUAGUUUUAUUGUUGGAGUGAGCCAGAGGGAGGAGGAAGAAGUGCCCACUGGCACUUUUGGGCUCCAGGGAGGAUCGCAGUCAGCCCCUAUAAGCAUGCUAAUUAGAAGCUGAUCCUCAGGCAGUAGCUCAUGGAAUGUGUACUCAAACCCCUUCCAGUGAAAACUAGGAGAUGGGCAUUUUUGCCUGUUCUUUCUGUGUUGAGCCCUGGGGGUAUAGCCACAGCGAGUGCUCAUGGGUGCCUGUUAAGAACUGCUUCUUUGCUUCCUUGUUUGCUAUAGUCCUGCGGGACUCAGGAAUGUAAGCCCUGAACUGGGCAGUCUGGGGGCUUGUGUCAGGUGGCAGUCCCAGAAGCUGGGUUGCCAGACCUGUAUUCAGGCUCCUUCCAGAGAGAUGCAGGUGACCUGGUUUUAUCACAGUAGUAGGCCAGAGGGGGAAGGUGGGGGAGGUGGCUUCCAGCUAGCUCCCCAGGCUCUAGGUGGAUUGCAGCCAGCCCCUGGAUGCAUUCCAAAUUAAAGUUGGACCCUCAGGCAGCAGCUUGUAAAGUAUGCACUCAGAUCCUUUCUAGGUAAAGACUGAGUGAUGGAUGUUUUUGCCUGAUUUCUCUGCACUGAACCCUUGGGGGAUAGCCUUGGUGAGUGCUUCUGUGCCCAUUAAGAACUACUUCUUUGUUUGCUGUAAUAUUACUUAGGAGUCUCAUGGAUACAAGCCCUAUUGGCUUCCAGAGCAGAGUGUUUCGGGAGCCUGUCCCUUGGGUGAGAGUCUUAAAAGUUGGGGCACUAGAGGUAUAGUCCAAAUCCUUCACUGCUCGGGGAGAAGCUGGGAGUUGGAAGUUCCUUCCUGUUUGUAUGGCACAGAUGUUGGGGGUGGGAUUAUGGCAAGAUAUGUCUCCGCCUUCUCUACCAGUUUUAAUGUGGGAAUUUUCUCAUUUGCUUGGUGUUUAGGUGUCACUCAGCUAGUUUCUGGAUUUAUCUCAAAGGGAAUUGCUCUGUAUAGCUAUACAGUUGAUGUGUCUGGGGAAGGAGGGAAGUUCAGGAGCCUUCUAUGUUGCCAUCUUGGUCCCUCCCUCCUGGUUUUGUUUUGUAAGGUAACUUUUAUUGAGGCUUACUAUGUGUGAAGCACUGUGAUUUCACUGUAGGUCUUACACUAUCAUGUUAAUUCCCACAGCAGCUGUUUGUAGUAGGUGGGAUGAUCCCCAUUUUACAGAAAAGAAGUCUGAGUCUUAGAGGGGGAGCAUGUGCAAGGAUGUACAGCCAGCACAUGACAGAACUGGGGUUUCAACUGAUCUGUUUUAUUCAAUGGCCGUAAUCAUCACAUGUCACACUCGCUUAGAGGAGGGCAGGGUUCAUGUCAUCUAGUUCCCCCAAUCCCCACCAACUUUCUUAAACCGCUCUCAUAACAAGCUUCUUAUAACUUGGAAAAAAAUGUAUGAAUACAAGUUCUGUGAAGAAAUACAGAAGCAAAUUAAAUUAAACAUUACCAGAAACCCUUCCAAUGAAGAUAAACCAGUAUUAACAUUUUGGAAUAUAUACUCUAUAUUUCUUAUGCAAAGACUUAAGUAUAUAUAUAAGAAGCACUCCCCCCCCUCCCCCCGAGAGAGGGAGAGAGAGAGAGAGAGAGAGCAUGAGCUGGGAGGGGCAGUGGGAGAGGGGGAGAGAAUCUUAAGCAGGCUACACGCCUAGCAUGGAGCCUGACACAGGGCUCAAUCUCACACCUGUGAGCCCGAGAGAUCAAGACCUGAGCUGAAACCAAGAGCCAGAUGCUUAACCAACUAAGCCACCCAGGGGCUCCCCCCCUUUUUUGGGGGGAGCGAGCGAGAGAGAGAGCAAGUGAAGUACUCUCAAGGCUAAGUGCGUUCUGCUAACAAAUGUGUCUUUAGUGUACCCAAAAUGGUGUGCUUGCUAAGAGCCUUUUGUGCUUUUUCUGAGCCCUGUUCAUGCCAGUUGAAGUUACUGUUGCAGUUACGUAAUCUAAAUAUUACAUAAACCGAUGAAAUAUGAGUAUAAAAAUAGAACAGUUUUCUCCACUAAAAUUAGGUUGAAUGCUUUAGCAAAUUGCGAUCUCUAAAACAAUUGCUCUGGAAUUCACAGUGGGUGAAAUAGCUAUAAAAGAUUUGAGAAGAAAUGUUAGAAGUCGUGAAGGAGUCCACAUUCGUAUUGCUUCACAAGUGUAUUUACGUUUUUGUUUGAUGUUAACAGAACUAAAGCUGAAAUGGAGAAGAUGGGGUAGGAUAUGACUUAUGCAGGAAAGAUGGCGUGGAGUUCUAGUAAGCAAAUAGUCAGGUCCUUAGUGUUAAGUGAAAAUACGAGAUGUUGUGGGCAGCAGGUGUUUUUAUUUUUAUUUUAUUUUACUGUUGGUGAAUCCUCACUUUCACUACCUUUUGAAAUCAAGCGAUUAACUUCUGCUCCCAGAGGUGUUAGAGAAGCAUGCUUCUGUUCUAUAUAUCUCAAAAGGAGAAUCAUGUAAUCUGCCGAGCUACUUUUUUUUUUUCACUUAAUACAUCGUAGACACAUUUCCAAGCCAAUAAAUACAGAUUAAAGUAUUUUAUGACAGUGUAACAUAUGUUCAGAAAAGUGCACAGAUCCUUGAAUGAUCACAAAGCAGACAAAUCCGUGGAGCCCCCACCCAGGUCAAGAAACAUUGCCAGUCCCCGGGGAGCCCCCCAUAGCCUCCGCUUCCCAGCCAGAGAUAACUGCUGUUGCCACUUCUCACUGUUUUCAAACUUUGUAUAAAAGAAGCAUCUGUACCUUUUUUUUUUUUUUUACUUUUUUACUCCACACUUUUUGUGAGCUUCCAUCCGUGUUUUUAAUGUGUAUCAUGUAUUCAUUCAUUGUCGCUUUUGACCAUUUUUUCAUUGAAAUGAAAUGCCAGAAUACGUACUUAGUCUGUUGUUGAUAGCCGUUGGGGUUGUUUUCAGUUUGGGGCCAUUGGGAAAAAUGUUGCUACGAUCAUUCUUGUAGUACAUGGCUUUUGGGAUACCCAGGAAGGUUCUAGUUCUUGUUGUUUGCGUAUCUAGGAAUUGAAUUAGUGGGUCACAGGAUAUGUUUGUGUUCAACUUUAGGGGGUACCGCCCUGGUGGUUGCACCAGUUUAUACUCCCACCCAUUUAUACCCCCUCAUACCAACUCAUAUGUGAGUUUCUAUUGCUCUGUAUCUUUGGCAACACUUGGUAUUGUCAGUUGUGUUGAUUUUAUCCAAUCUGAUAGGCGUAUGGUAGUAUUUUGUGAUUUUAAUUUGCAUUUUACUGAUGUCUAAUGAGGUUGAACACUUUUUGACGUGCUUAUUCGCCAUUUGGGUGUCUUUGGUGGGGGAGGAAGAGGUUUGAAGUACUUACUUGAGUGUCUUGCCCAUUUUUUCUGUAAGAUUGCCAGACAAUUUCUGAUUUAUUAGCACUUCAUAUAUUUUAGAUAUUAAGUUCCUUUGUUAGUUACAUGUGUUAAAAAUACCUCAAAGAAAAAAAUAUCACCUCCCACUCUGUGGUUUGGUUUUCUUAUUCUUCUGAUAGAGGUUAGUGAAAGUUCCUAAUUUUAGUGUAAUCCAAUUUACGAAUUGCCCCUUUGUUAUUAGUGUUUUUUGAGUCCUAGUUAAGAAAUCUUUGCUUUGUCUCAACCCCAAGGCCCUCAAGAUAUCCUCCUGGGUUAUCUUACAUCAGCUUUAUUGUUUUACUUUUCGUAGUUAGAUCUACAGCUUACCUGGAUUUAAUUUAUGUGUAUGGUGAGAAGUUAGGCUCCAGUUUCAUUUUAUAGCACAUUGAUAUCCAGUUGAUGAAGCAGCAUUUGUCGAAAAGACCAUCCAUUCUGUGUUGCUGUGCAGUGCAAUCUUUUCUGUAAAUAAAGUAGGAAUCUAUGUACAGAUCCGGUUUUGGACUUUCUCUUCUCUUUCACUGGUGCAUUUCUUUUGCGCUAGUGCAAGUUUUGAUUGCUGUAGCUUAAUAAACUGCAGACAAGUCUUCUUUGUACCAAUUCCUGAUGAUACUCUUUAGUUCUUUCCGUUUCCAAAUAAAGCUUAGAACCAGCUUGUCAGUUUCCACAAACAUACUCAGAGACAUACUAAAACUUCAGGGAUUUUGAUCAAGAUUGCUUUGGAUUAAGAAAGGUAAUGUAAGAAUAAAAAAGACUGCUUUGGACUUGUAGAUCCAUUGCUUUGACAGUCACAUCUAUAGGAGAGUUGACAUCUUAGCAGUAUUGAGCGUCUCAGUUUGUAUGCGUGGGAUAUCUUUUCAUUUGGUCUUCUUUACUCAGUGUUUCAUAUGUUAAUUAUUUGGUUUUCUAAUUCUUUUCAAUGGCUUUAGAAUUUUGUGGUUAACAUCAAAAUUUAAUCAGUAACUUUAUGUUACAACAUAGUUUAUUUCUAUUCUUUUACUGUUAUAAACGGUAUGAGCAUUCAUGUAUAUACAUUUAAAAACUUUUUUUUUAAGUUUAUUUAUUUAUUUUGAGAGAAAGAGCGAGAACUCGCAGGGAAGGGGCAGGAAGAGAGCUGGUUGCCACGCAGCCUCUGUGCUGGACUCUGAGCAGAGUCCAGUGUGGGGCUCAAACUCAACAAACCACGAGACCAUGGCCUGAGCUGAAAUCGAGUCAGAUGCUUAACUGACUGAGCCACCCAGGUGUCCCCAUGUGUAUCCAUUUUCAAUACCUUUUUACUUGUAAUUAACUCCUGAAACUGGAAAACUGGAAAACUGGAAUUUAUCUUCCCCUGUGAAUUGUAUCAUUUUAAACUCUCACCCACUGUUAUAAUAGGUUCCAUUCUUGUCAACCUAGGGAAUUUGUGAUUU